AUGAGCCUUCGGCGCAUGUCCGAGAGCGCCGACCUGCCCGGCCACGUGGACAUCGCGGCUUGGAUCGCCCGCAGCGCCGACGGCCGCCUGACGCUCGGCCGGCGCAAGGAGCACCUCGGCCUCGAGACCGGCGCGGCGCCCCGCCUGCUCUCGCGCCUUCACUGCUCGCUGCGCCUUGAUGGCCGCGACCUGCUGCUUACCGACCACGGCUCCACAAACGGCACCUUCUACUGCCACCCGGAGGCCGAGGAGAACGCGCAGCGCGCGCCCGCGCACGAGGAGGUGCGGCUGCCGCCUGGGACGGCGGUGUACUUUGGCGGAGGGAUGGUCAUCAACGUCAGCGACGGCGCGGGCGGCGAAGCGCCCGCCCCGAACCCAGCGGCGUAUGUCUACAUGGCGCCCGAGGGCAGCGCGGUCCGCGCGCUGCUCGGCCGCAGCGGUGGCGACAUCGGCGGCGUCAGUGGCGACAGCGGCGGCGCUGCUGCCUGUGGACCCGAGAGAGCCGGAAGCAGCGGGCGGCUGGCACCUCAACCAGCUCGGCAGCAGCAGCAGCAGCAGCAGCAGCAACAGCAGUGGCAGCAGCAGCAGCAGCAGGACAUGCAGCAGCAGCAGCCGCAGCAGCAGCAGCAGCAGCCGCAGCAGCCGCAGCAGCCGCAGCAGCAGCAGGAGGACAUGCAGCAGCAGCACGCUCGCCCGGCGCUGCAGCAGAUCCAGCAGCCGUCCAUCGGUUCGCAGCCCUCGUCACAGCCGCAGGCCUCAGGCGGCUCGCGGAGCGAGGGGGGCGGCCUUCAAAUGGAGGUGGGGGCCAGGGGCGCUUCUCAGCAGGAGCAGCAGGGGCAGCCGCGGCAGCAGGAGCCCCAGGAGCAGCAGGAGCGGUGGCGGCGGCGGCCAGGCCGCGGUGCAGAGGUGUCAACCCCAACGGCCAAGCGCGACCCGCACGCGCCCCCGCGCCCGCCGCGCGAGAGCCAGGACUCGGCGAGUGUGUCUGUUGGCAGCAGGCCGAGGGCGAGGGCGCGGCGCCCUGAGGGAGGGCAGUUGCUUUCGGGGGCGCAGCCAGCGGUGCCAGUGCAAGUGCGGCAGCAGCAGCAGCCAGAGAGGCGGCCCGGGAAGACCAGCAGUCAGGGCGGGCAGGGCAAUCUUGAGGAGGAGGAUGACUGGGAUGUGUUGGUCGUGGAAGAAAGGGCCACGGCUGGGCCCCAGGACAUUGGCGGUGCGGCUGCGCCGGGCCAGCGGCGACGGGGCUCCUUGGUAGCAGACUCGGGCGGCGAGGCGGCGCCCGAGGAGUGGCGCAUCGGCCGCAGCUCCAAGCGGCGCGCCUUGAGCCGAGGCGCGGACGCCAUGGGCACCCGUUGCGCCUCAGCAGAGGUUCCGGCUGCGGAGGAGCCCGCGCUGCGUGCAGGCCGGCCGGCCGGCCCGGCUGACGCCCCCGCCCCCGGCUCGCCGCCGCCAGAGGACGAGCUCGCUGCGGAAGCCACCUGCGCCAUCUGCCGCGACCUGUUCGUCUCGCCCUUCGUCCUGGGCUGCAGCCACACCUUCUGCGGCGACUGCCUGCACAGCUGGCUCGCCCGCAAGGCGCAGUGCCCCAACUGCCGGGCCGCGGUGGCCGCGCCGCCGCUGCCCAACCGGGGGCUGGACAACAUCGCGCGGGUGCUCGCGGCGCGCGGCGCCGGCGCGUCGCAGGGCGCGCGGCAGGAGCGGCUGGCGGCGUGGCGGGCGGUGGAGGCCGCUGUGCAGCGGGAGUGGGAGCGGGGGCUGCGACACGAAGGGGAGCAGCGCAAGGAGGCGCCGCCGCAGCCGGCGGUCGCGGGGCACGAGGGCCGUGUGCAGCAGUCUGGAGAGCUCCGCAGCGCUCAGCCAGGCGCCAGCCAGCGGCCGCGCCCGGCGCAGCCGCGCGGGCAGCGGGCGGCAGCGGGCGCUGGCAGGGGCAGGGGCGGGGUGGCGGCGCGUCGCCUGCUUGCUGCAGCCAGGGGCCGUGGCGGCGGCGGCGGCGGCGGCGCCGGCAGGAGCGGCCGGCGCCUGGGCCCUGCGUGGCAAAUUCCGAUGGAUGCCUUGUUCCCUCCCCACUGA